AUGUCGGCCAAAUUCGAAAUUUACUAUCCCAUUCUAGCAUCCAAGCUCGAGCAGAAUGCUCUUGCAGUGGCGGGAUGGGGAAUACUCAGCGCUGUGCUCUUCGGAGCCUUGUUUGUCUGGUCCUUUGCGGUUGACGCCAGGAUGCCGAAGCUGCCCAUUGCCAUGCAGGAAGAGGUGCCAAACAAGAAGAAGCGAAUUGACAUUUUCAUCAAAGAUACUCGGAGACUGCUCAUUGAUAGCUACAACAAGUUUCAAGAUCAAGUCUUUGGAAUCACAACCACAGAAGCACAAUAUGUCCCUGUCAUUCAAGAGUUGAUCCGCAGACACUGGCCACUGGAGAGUUUUGACAAACCUACCGCCACAAAGCCCUGGCCGCACGUCAUGCGCCUCGUCUCCCGCAUCUCGGCCCGAGUCUUCCACAGCGCCGCCUCGGCCGACAACGACCACUGGCUAGACAUCGCCAGUGAACAUGUACACUCCGCCGUCGUAUGGACCGAGAACCUGAAGAAGUGGCCCGCCAUACUCCGUCCCCUAGUUUACCGAUUCGUCAAGGGUAGAGGGUACAUGAUGCAGCGCUUCGAAGAAGGCAAGGCCCUGGUGGCUCAGACGCUGGAAAACAAGAAGGCAAAUGGGGGCAAGCCUCUGAGCGACCCUCAGUCGCUUCUAGAUUAUCUCUACGAGAGCGAGCUGGGCCCUGAUAAUGUCGAGGCGCAUACCAUUGCCCAGAUUAACCUGUGCGUGGCUGCCAUUCAGUCCAUGGCUGCGACGGUGACUCAGUGUCUCAUGGAUCUUGCUACGCAUCCCGAGUAUGCGCCAGAGCUCAUUGAGGAGAUAAAGACAGUGAUUGAGAAGAACAAUGGUGUGGUGGAUAAGCGGGUACUGACUGAGGUGUGGAAGCUGGACAGCUUCAUCAAGGAGACUCAACGGUUGAACCCUCCCGACCUGACUAGCUUUCAGCGAAAGGCUCUCUCAGACAUGACCUUGUCCAACGGCCUCCGCAUCCCUAAAGGCGCCCGCAUUGUCCUUCCAACGGGAGCGAUCAACAUGGACCGGGAGUUUUUCGAAGACCCCCAGACCUUUGAUGGCUUCCGAUACUACAGGAUCCGAACUGCAAAUAAGGAGGCCCAGAACACAAACCAGAUGGUCACUGUCGGCAAGAAGGACUUGACGUGGGGCUACGGCAAACAUGCCUGCCCCGGUCGGUACAUCGCCGAGGUGGCCAUGAAGCUGCUCGUGAUUGAGUUUCUCAUGCGCUAUGACAUUCGGCUGCCGGAGAAUGUGAAAGAGAGGCCGAAGAAUAUCGAGUUUGAGGGCUUGAUUAUCCCAGAUCCCGAGUGGGAAUUGACGAUGAAGAGUCGAUGA